AUGUCUAUACUAACUCUUGAAUACGUGAUCUCAAAGUUGUUCGAACAACUCAUCCAUCAAACCACAUUGAAUUGGUUGAAGGCUGAUUAUAUAUUCACUCUUGAUGUCCAUCUACACAAAAUUUCACAUCUUAUGCUGACAUAUCAGAUAGUUUUUCACCUAAGAAUAACAUAUCCAUCUCUCCACUUCUACGAUGGUGGAGUUGAAGAGUUCGUUUCUACUAUCAAACAGCAUUUUCUCCUUGCGGGGUCUGAAGAUGAUGCAAAUGCAUUUUUUUUGAAGGAUUUUCAACAUCCCUUGAAGCGGACAUUAAUCUUCGGCCAACCACGCCUGACUCCUCUUAGUUGCGAAGAGUGGUCUACCUUCCUGGACAGUGAAGGAAGGAUUGUGGAUCCAAAAGGUUUAAGGAAGAGGAUAUUUUACGGAGGGGUAGACCUCAAAAUAAGGAGUGAGGUGUGGCCGUUGUUACUAGGACAUCAUGCAUAUGAUGCGACUUGCGUAGAAAAGCAACUUUUUAUUUCAUUGAAAAAAUUUGAAUACGAAAAUAUAAAAAAGGAGUGGCAGAGUUUAUUAAGCGUAGAAGAAGGAUGUGACAAUUUGAAGGAGAUGACAGAAUCUAUUGCAUUAGAUGUGGCAAGGACUGACACAGCACUUCCGUUUUAUCAAGGGGAUGAAAAUCCGAAUGUGAAACAUUUAAAUGACAUACUGGUGACGUAUUCAUACCACUUUAACUUUAGUUACUGCCAGGGGAUGGGUUAUAUUCUUUCGUCAAUUUUCUAUAUCCUGCAAGACGAAUCAGAAACCUUUUGGUGUUUCACGGAAUUGAUGAAAAGAAUUGGUCAAAAUUUUUCCAAUGUCGAAUUAGUGACGCGUCAAUUAUCUGCUGUAGGAAAGGAGAUUUAUAUGGCAGUCGCCAUCUUGAAAAGAUAUCGACAUGAAAUAGUCGAUAACAAAAUGGAUUUCGGAGAUAUCCACAUGUUCAUAGACGAUUUGUCAAUGAAACUUGACCUGAAAUCAACCCUAUGGGAUGCAGAAGCUCUGUUUAUCUUUUUUGGGGAUGAUGGAGUCACGCUUAUUCCUCGUGACACACCAUUUUCUCUUCCGAAAGAGCAAAUGUUACGAUUUAACCUUGAUCUAAGUUCAGAUCAUGCAAUCCCUUUAAAUUCUGCAGUAUUUGUGGAAAACGCUAAAAAAUCACAGGUAGUUGAAACUGUCAUAAUAGAUAUUACAGCAGAAACACAAACACCUGAUAAUAGUUCACCGAAUCUCAAUGUAUUAAGCAGGAAUGUUAAUACGACUUGGAUAACCGGUGCGAUAAGUAGGGUUGGUCAGUUUGUGUCAAGUUUGACAGUAAAAAAGUUUGAGAAGAAGGGUAAGUUUCAUUUGCAAAUGCAUGAGUUAUAA